AUGGAGAAGAAGAAGAGACUGACAAGUGAGCAGUUGGACUCAUUGGAGAGUAGCUUUCAAGAGGAGAUAAAGCUGGACCCUGACAGGAAGAUGAAGCUGGCUCGUGAGCUCGGGCUUCAGCCCCGCCAGGUCGCGGUUUGGUUCCAGAACAGGCGCGCCAGGUGGAAGGCUAAGCAGCUAGAGCGCCUCUACGACUCCCUCAAGCUCGAGUUUGACGCUGUUUCUAGGGAGAAGCAGAAGCUCCAAGACGAGGUUAGUUAA